CCACACCCUUCCCGGAACGCAGGGACGCUGCAACACGGCCAGCGAGCGAAGCCACGCUUCCCAGGAGCGGCCCCUUCACUGCACCUCCUUUCAUAUUUGCAAUAAAAAUGGCAGAAAAAACUCCUGAGUCUUCCGAGAAACUGGUCAUCAUCUACUCCAAAGGUCAUAAAGAUACCAUUCUAGCUAAUUUUGAAGAACAAAGGAAAAAGGAUUUUCUUUGUGACAUUACUCUGAUAGUGGAGAAUGUGCAGUUCAGAGCCCAUAAAGCUUUGCUUGCUGCCAGCAGUGAAUACUUCUCAAUGAUGUUUGUUGAUGAGGGUGACAUAGGGCAGUCAAUUUACAUGUUGGAGGGAAUGGUUGCAGACACCUUUGGCGCACUGCUAGAAUUUAUCUACACUGGUUGUCUCUGUGCCAGUGAAAAAACCACAGAACAAAUUCUGGCUACUGCACAGCUGCUGAAGGUGACUGACUUGGUAUUGGCCUGCACAGAAUAUCAGGCCAGCCGUAGCCCAGGUAGUGCACUACCAGCUCCACCUAAUAGUGGAGCCUGUGUAGCUGUUAUUGCAAGUGACAAGAAAAAUGAAGAUCCACCAAAGCGAAAACGAGGGCGACCAAGGAAAGUCAGGAAUGUCCAAGAAGAAGAAUCGGGAGGAAAUUCUGCUGAAGAUGUGCAGCUGAGGGAGAACAACUCCAUGCAAAAUAAGCAAAACUUUAUGACAAAAGACACUGCAGCAGAAGAAACAGUUGGCAGCGGACAGGCUCCAGCGAGGAAAGAUGCAGAAGAAAAUGAACGUGCUUGUGGCUCAGAACCUGCUGUUGAUCUGUCAGCUGAGAAAGAUGAGAAUUAUGAUCCCAAAUCAGAAGGAGUACAGAGCACUCGGAGCCGUUACAGCAAACGUAGAAUAAGGAGGUCGAUCAAACUAAAAGAUUAUAAACUUUUUGGUGAUGAGGAUGAGAAAGGGCUGGUAAAGAGAACCGAUGGAAAAAGAAAACGUGCAGGUUCUGAAGCUCGCUGUAAAGACUGUGGCAAAGUAUUUAAAUACAAUCACUUCUUAGCUAUUCAUCAACGAAGUCAUACAGGGGAGCGCCCUUUUAAGUGCAGCGAGUGUGGCAAAGGCUUUUCUCAGAAGCAUUCUCUUCAAGUCCAUGAGCGGAUGCACACUGGAGAACGGCCAUACACAUGCACUGUCUGCAGUAAGGCUCUGACAACAAAGCAUUCUCUUCUGGAGCAUAUGAGCCUACAUACAGGGCAGAAGGCUUUUACGUGCGAUCAGUGUGGGAAAUACUUCAGCCAAAAGAGACAGCUCAAGAGCCACUAUCGAGUACACACAGGCCAUUCGCUGCCGGAAUGUAACCAGUGUCGUCGCAAAUUCAUGGAUGCAGCUCAGUUAAAGAAACACCUAAGAACACAUACAGGUGAGAAGCCCUUCACUUGCGAAAUUUGUGGCAAAUCAUUUACAGCUAAAAGUUCUCUUCAGACUCACAUUCGAAUUCACAGAGGAGAAAAGCCAUAUUCUUGUGGUAUAUGUGGAAAGUCCUUCUCCGAUUCCAGUGCCAAGAGAAGACACUGUAUCUUACACACAGGCAAAAAGCCUUUCUCCUGCCCAGAAUGUAGUUUACAGUUUGCUCGUCUGGACAACCUGAAGUCUCAUUUGAAAAUUCAUAGCAAGGAAAAGCAGUUUCAGGAAGCCAGUGCUGCCCCAAGCACCAACACUAGUUCAGAAGUGAGAAACAUUCUUCAGCUGCAGCAGUAUCAACUUGCCACCUCUGGAGGGCAGGAAAUCCAACUCCUGGUUACAGAUGCAGUACAUAAUAUAAACUUCAUGCCUAGUCAUAAUCAAGGCAUUAGUAUUGUCACUGCAGAAAAUGCCUCAAAUAUGGCAACAGAGCAGGCUGCAAACCUCACGCUGCUUGCUCAGCCACCACAGCAGCUGCAAAACUUGUUGCUCUCAGCGCAGCAGGAGCAAGCGGAACAAAUCCAAAGUAUCAAUAUGAUUGCAAACCAAAUAGAGGCUCCACAGCCUGAACAAAUGCAUGUCAUCACUCUUUCCAAGGAAGCACUAGACAUCUCCAUUGCUCAUCAAGGACAAAAUGAAGAAAUCCACUUAGCAGGAUCUUCACAUGCAGCUCCGCAUGUGCAGCUGACUCAAGAGUCAAGUCAACAGUCUCACUCUAGCCAAGAUACGGUUCCUUCCCAUCAAAUCAGUGAAGAACAGAAUCAAAGUGUACAUGUUUCUGAAUCCCAUCAGCAGUCUCUGUCAGUGAAUGAGUCAUCUCAUGAGCAUCCUGUUCAAGGACAGGCUUUCUGAAACGCUUAUUUGUCAUCGGAGGGCUGGGCUAUAGGAUCGCUUCUCAUCCAAGCAGUGAUAACACAUAUUGCACUUUCUUUUCUACAGCAUAAUCUAUCUGAAGAUGCGUUUCUUGGUGAUUUUGAUGGGUGACUUUCAGGUUUUUUUAACCUUAUUUAUUUGGGACUUCUUUUAUUUUUCCAGCUUGCUAUUUCUCUACCACUUAGUCCAUACCUCGCACGUGAUCGGUGUGGGGUUUUGUGCCUCAUACACAUCCAUGCCUACUAAGGAGCUGUUUGGCCCCUUAGUCACAUUCCUAUGUGACCCUCCAGAGAAGCGUACCUAGCUGGUAGAAGAGCAGUGUUUAAGAUAUCUGCUGAUCAGAAAGUAAGACUUCUCUGAUGAAGUCAGCAUUAACUGAACUACUGUCAAGCUUAAGAUAAUCGGUACUUUCUGCAAAGCUAACACCAUAUGUCUUAUGUUUAAUGAGCAUUCUCUCUGCAGGCUAAUGUAUAAUUUUCUAUGUGAUCAUUCCCUGAAGUGCAUUUUGAUUUAUUGACUGCCAAAUUGGUUUGGUUUGGGUUGGAAUUGUUGCAGCCUUUGACUGGCCCAGGAUCACCCCUCCUCUUUACUGUGUGCUGUACAAGUUUUGCUCCUCAGAAGUGCUUAAGCCAUUACACUUGAAUAGUGGCAAUGAGAUGUGGUGGUUACACUGGACAACUGAAAAGCCUAAAUUCUGCUCUGUUAGCUGUACCACUCACUCCCUGUGUGACUGUGGGCAAGGUAGUUAACCUCUGUGCCUUAUUUCGUCAUCUAGUAAGUGGGGAUAGUGCUCUCAUGCUCUGCCAAGCACUUUGAAGAGCUCUUGAUGUUGAAGGCAUUGUCUAUUGAAGUGCAAAUUUCUCUUCCUGAUAGAGAUUCUACAGGAUUCUGUAAGCUUAGGAGCCAGUGUAUAUUUAAAGUGUUAUUUUUUGUACUUUUGAGAGCAGAAUGUAAUGUUACUUUUAGUAUAUGUUAAAUCUGGUAACUGUUUUUUGUGGGGAUUUUAAUCACUUCAGAGCAUAAUGAGCUACAUAUUGCGUUAAAGUUGUACAGCUAUUUUCGCUGACUAAAUUAGAUGUGUACAGAUUAUUUUCAUUGACUGACUGGCUGCUGACAAGAAAGAUUUGACAUCUUUAUAAAAUACCAUGCCAGAGUACAUGCUUUGCAUUUUCAAGUUUGGCUACUGGUCAUGUCUCACACAGUGUACUAGUGUGCUAAAAACCAGUUAAAAUACAACUGGUACUUAAAGGAAUGUGCUCAAUUGUCACUGUGGUUUUAAAAUGUCCUAUUUGUGAUUUACGUUGAUAUUUUGUGUUUUAACAAAUGAAAAAUGCAAAAAUUUAAAAGCAAAACAAAAGGUCUUUGUACACACUUGGCUUAUGUCACUGGCCCAGAGAGUCACUGGCAUAAAAGCCCAGUGCAUAGAAUGAUAGAAUAAUUCAAAGCGGAAGGGACAGCCAGAGGCCACCUGGUCCAUCACCUUCCUCAAAGCAGGUGUGCCCAGAUCAUGUUGCUGUGGUCUGGUUGAGUUUUGAAUGCUUUGCAGGGUGAAGAUCCACAGCCUCUGUAGGCCACUAGUUCCAGUGUUUGACCAUAUUUGCAGUGAUAAAAAUGUUUCUUGUAUUUAAUUGGAAUUUCCCAUGUUCCAGUUCACGUCCAUUGCCUCUCAUCCUACUGCUGUGCCUCCAAGAAGUGUCUUUUCCACAACCUCCCAUUAAGUAGUUGAAGACAGCAGGAAGGUCUUUUCCAAUUGCAUGCACCUAGGGCCUGAGCAAACCCAGCUCUCAGCCUUUUCCGUCGUGUGCUCCAGCUCUUUAUUUGCCUCGGUGGACUUCUACCCUCAGUCCACUAUGUCAAUGUCUGUCUUACUCUGGAGAGCCCAGAUUCUGGAUGACAUUCCUCAUUCCACUCCAGACAACUCAGCCAGCUCCUGACUGCAUGCUGCGGGAGUUUGAGUAAGUACCUUCAGUUUUUCAAAGUACUAGAUCAGUUUUUAUAUAAACGGAUCAUGAAAAAGGUAGACAGAAUAAAUCAAUGAAGGGGGGUGGGGGGGAAGAAACUGAAACCAUCCCACAGCAAAACCCUAUUUAGACUUUUCACCUUUUCUUUCCUCUCAAAAUGGAGAAAUACAAUUUGUAUACUUCCUGCCACCAAAGAGAACCAGUGUAUUCUGCAGUUGCACUUCAGAGGCUUGCUGGCAUCUUGAUGCUGUAGGAGCAUUAAAAAGUACAGUAAAGCUGGUUACAACAUCUAAGAAAAUCUUGCUGAUAAUCAUAGAACUUUAAGCUUACAAUAAAUAUUCUGGUGGUUUCAUCUUAUCUAAAAUACUGCAAUAUGCAGCCAUAAUACUGUCUUGCACUGAGUUCCUUCUCUGCCGUGUAUUUAUGAAUCCUGAAACGCUUAAAAGCUGGUUACAGGCUAAAUUCUAAGACUACCAGUAAAGUAACUGGUAAUUACUUUCCUCCUUUUUCAAACUUUGAUUUGUUCAUUAUGAAGUUAUCUUUGCAGAAUUAAGUCCAAAGCUACAGUUAUGCGUGAGCCACUAUCACAUACUGACUGCUCAAUGCUUUCCCUAUGACUAAAAAAAAAGAAGUUUGGGGGUUGGAAUUUUCUCAUGUUUUUCUACAAGUUACCAGUGAAGAAAUGAGCUUCCGUGACUAGCACAGCAGUGACUCAUCUUGCACUCUGUGCCGCUGAAGCUGUCGGCACACAUUGUGGCUUGCACUCGAGAAGCUCGUGUGGUUUCUUAUGCCACAAGUGUUGCUUUUUUGACACCAUUUUUUUCCUUUCUAGGGAGUAUAUUUGCACUAAAGAUGAAAAUAAAUCCCUUUUCUGUGUAUGCAUUGUUAAGGCUCCAACUGAAGCCUUAAAGCUUUGAAUUUGAAAGGAAAUCCCUUCAGCUUUGGUUUUUAGUCCAGCUGCCACUAAGAACUGUUUAGCAAACAAAUGCAUCCUUUAAAAACUACAUUUCAAAGCAGCUCUCUAAAUAUCUUUAAUCCUUAGCUAGUAAACACCUUAACAUCUCAUUUUCACAUAGACUAAUCUUAGCAAAUCCAUCUCACUGCUUAUUAUGCUAAAAUAAGAUUAGGAUUUUGGACAUAAACACGGGACAAUAAAAUGACUACAGAAAGAUCCAUUUUGUGAUCAGUUAACACCAUUGUAGUUCUUCUACUCCAUUUGUAAGUUACCCAGUGUGGCUGAACUCUGGAAAAAAAGAGUAAAAUUCUUUUAAACACAAGUUUAUGAAAUUCUGGCUUUUUCUGAAGAUUUUGGCAGAUUCUCGGGGAAAAAAAAAAAUCCCUGAGAGGUAGAGCAAACACUCUGUUAAGUGUGUAUUCAACUAUUGCGUGUAUACCUGCUCUACCUGCCAGUAAUAUUGAUGGGUUUGGCUGCAAAUAGCAUUUCCUGACCUUGGCACUCUAAAGUUCAAGAGUUUGCUGUUCUGUGUGUGGAAGCCGAGCCGCUGGCAGUGUGGAUUAGACUGGGGGGGCUUCCAGUCUGAUGAUAUUUAAAAUAAUAUUUAAAUAUUUAGUUAGCAGCUCCCUAUCCUGUCCUGCAAUUUUUUUCUAACACCUGCAACUGUAUCUCUUCCUGAAGGGGACUGAUGCUUACAUGUUCAUAGGUCUUCCCUUCAAACCACUGGAUCCUCCUUGUCCUUGAAGGUAGCAUGCCUCGUGGCUGCUACAGCAGUCACCUGCGGAACGUCAAGUUGUUGUUAAUAUCUUGUCAUCUUCAAAAUCAGCUUAUGCCUUUGGCUUUGCUUUGAAUUUCUUGAUAAAGCGAUGUCAGUUUCUGCCUUCCACCUGGAAGACUGAGCUUACAGAAUCUUCCUUCUUUCUGGAGCUGAAUCUGUCCUUUGGUCCCUGACAGUAGGAAAACCUUUUUAGAAGUCCUCGGUGUUGUUUUCUUCAACUGCUGGGUGAUUGAAUGGCUACAUUUUCCCUGCAUGUCUCAGAAAGGGCUUGUGGCAGCAUGCGGGCCUGGUGUGGCAUAGCAGCAGUGGCCCUCGACUAGUCAUCACAGCAUGAUGCUGUUCUCAGCACAUCAUGCUUUGCUGUUCUCUUUCUCAGUCUCUUUCAGGUGCUAUCUUGGACUGAAAAGAACUGCAGUGGCUGCAGCCAUAGCAGGUGGAGAGGUUUGGAGUGAGGAAACCCUCUCAGAAUCACGCUGAAGCAAAACUUCGGGUCUUGUGUCAGGGCAUGUGUGCAUGUUUCAAAGGGCUUUGUUUCCAAGAACAUUAGCUGCACAGCCUUUGAAAGGGUUUCAGUAUUGUCAUUUAAAUGUACUGCACAACCUCUUGUGCUUUCUAUAUUUUUAUUGGCAGUAAUUGUUAUUCUGUCCACACAGAAUGCACCACAGCACAGCACACCUGCUGCAGCUGGCAAGCAGAGCGGUACUGCCAAACUCCUGCCUAACUCACCACCAGCAAAACAUUUAUGCUUCUCUAAGUACUAUGAAUAAGCCUGCAGAACAGUAUCAUGUUGUCAUAAACAGAUAAUAGAAAGUGGCUGAAAUGAAUAAUAGUAAUCCAGGUCAAGAUUUUAAUAGGUAUAAUUUUGGUAAUUGACAACCCUGUUGAAUAGAUCUUAAUGUACGUGAAUUACAAAACAAUGUGAAAAGAAGGGGAGAAAUAAAACCCAGAAUGGAUAGAGACAGCAUGUAAUUGGUGUCUCUUGGCUUACUA